UUGCACGUGUUUUAUGAAUAAUAAGGUAAUUAUGGAGCAACUGUCAGCAACGCAAUACGAGGGCUAGCUCUGAAGAAGAGAUAUUGAAGUAAAGGUCUCGUAUUAACUGAUUAAGGGACAGAUCCACCCAAUGGAAACAAGUGGUCGAGGCAGUAGACAGACUGGCGCCAUUGAAACCCCCGUUGUUAGUACUGUACUAACAAGUGCUAGCACUAGUGAAGGUGAAUCACCUGGGCCCUCUUCAUGUGGCUCUGUCACAAGGAAAGAUAUUUUAUCUCCCAAAAAGACGAGAACUCAGUUUUCUCCUAAACAGCUUGUUUAUCUAGAAGAGUGCUUUUUAAAGAAUAGAUUUCCUAGUGCAAAAGAGAGAGAAAGUAUAGCAGAAGAGCUUGACUUGACGACACAACACAUUCAAGUUUGGUUUCAAAACCGAAGAGCGAAGCAUAGGAGGAAAAGCAAGCGGAAACAAGAGAUUGAAGCAAAUGCUUCAGCUAUAAAAGUACCUUCACCACCAGCAUUUUGGCCAUCAAAUCUCUCAUUUGAUUCUAACUUGUCAAAAGAUAAUUCAAUUAAGAAAAGUAACAUCAAUGGAAAUCCACCCAGUGAAUCUACAUCCUUUUCUUCAAAGCAAGUAUCACUUGCAUCAUUUUCAACAACUGUAACUACUGGUGCAUCACCUAUUGUUGUCACAUCCCGCCUUAAUUUGCCAAGUCUGGAUCAUAGUUCACUUGAUAAGAACAUGAUGGUAGAAGAGUCCUCAUCAUCGAUUUUAGCUCAGUCUCCUGUACAUUUACAAGAGUUAUUACAUGACCUACCAGAUCUGAUGAGUAGUUUUGGGGAUGAAUCAUCUGCAAUUACUUCGUCGCAGGUUCCUCCUGUGGUGCAACAAAAUUUACCACAGGCUUCACACCACAAACAUUAUGGAGUUCCAGAUGAACCUUUAUUACAUAUGCCAAAUCAAGGACAACCCUCUGUUAUUGGACCUUUACCUAAUUGUGGGUAUCCUUCCUCUUACAUUCAAGCGGCACCGUCCACAAUUCAUCCUCAUUUUCCUGGUGCUAAUCCUUUACAUCAGUCUCUCUCAGUUUCAGAUGCAUAUGUGCCAUAUGGACACUAUCCUGCUCAUCAUACUGUACCAACUCCUGUAGCUACAUCACCUACAAUGACAUCUUUGUCACAAGGACAUACAACAUCCCCUUCAAUGACACAGUAUCACUUUGGUAGUACACAUUAUUAUAAAUAAUAAGUUUUACAAAAUUUAUUGGGUAUUGUUGACCACCAUAAUUAUUUUGUAUAAAAGGUAUCAUUUCAAUUACAAUUCACAAGCUGUAAACACCACAAUUAUAAAUUGUUGCAUGGAUUUUGUCUAGACUAGUACAUAAGUAAAAAUCAUAACAAAUGGGAGAGCAUGUUCAGUCUCAUGUUUGUACAAUGUAAUCUUUUUCCAGUGCCAUUGCAAGCUUUUCAUUGCCAA